AUGCCUGAAAACGAACUGACCACAAGAAACACAGUCUCCAACCUAAAUGGGAUCCUUCAAGCAUCAAAGAUCUAUCUGAUCACAGCCAUGGUUAAAUUUCCCCUUGUAAUUUCAAAGAAUGGAAUAUUAAAUGGAGUCAUGUCAAUAUUUUUGAUAGGAGGAAUAAUAUCAAGCUGUUCAAACUUACUGCUUUCAAGAAUUUCACAAAAGACCAACAACACGUCGUACAUGGCUAUUUCAGAAAACACAAUGGGUAAAAAGACGCACAUGUACGUGAGAACGAUCUCGUUUCUAUUCCGAUGUAUGAUAGUCUGUUAUUCGGUAGACCUGAGCUUUAGAUUUCUCAGUAGUUCAUCGUUAAUAUCAUCGACGAUGCAGACGAGCAGACUUCUGCCAUUGUCAAUCCUGGGAAUAGUGCUGUUUCUUUCAACACUCAUUUUGUCCAAUCCAAACUCUUACUCUUUUGGAAGAUCUAGGAAUACGAUCAAUUUCUUAGUACUUUGUGUAUUGACUUAUGCCUUCUCAAUAAAAAACUACAAGUCAAAUAUACAAGAUGUGCGUAUUGAAAACCACUCCAAGAAAUGCUUUGAUAGUCUUGGGCUUACUUGUGCAUGCUUUGCACAGCAAUUGGGCCUGGUUGAGAUUCUAUCGAGUGAAACCUUUCAAAGCAAAACGUCAAUAUUUUGCAGUGGCAUAUUAGCCUCCUUGGGCUAUAUUAUCGUUGGGGUGUCAGGGUAUAUUGGCAUGCCCAGUCCCGAUGUAAACUGGCUUUCAAAUGUUGAAAAUAGUCUAAUCAGAACACCCAGCUCAUUAAUAUUACUUCUUUCAAACAUUUUUACAUUUCCGUUACAGUUAGAUCCAAUUAGGAGAGAAAUUCAAAGCACACUAUUUGUAACUAGUUCAAAAUCCAAAGACAUUAUGACCAAUCUACUACUGACACUGGCUUUUAUACUUACCAGCAUUGAGUUUGUUGCAUCAAAAUACGGCAUAAUAUGCUGUGUAAUUUUGUCAUCGUUUAUAACGAUGAUUUUUCCUAGUGUAUUUUAUCUAAAAACAUUUGAAAGAAACACUCUCCAAGCAUAUGGCUUGUUGGCUGUUGGCAUUUUGACUCUGUUUGUAGGCUUGAGGAACCUCAUCAAUGCACAUAUUCAAUAA